GCUGUGUAAUAAUGUAAAUAAAAAACUGUAAAUUUCACGUUUAAAAUGGAAUUAUAUAAUGGGUAAUGCUUUACCAGGACAGGGCCACCCUCGUUUUGGUGGACAGGGACAAAGCCCGUUUGGACAGUCUCCAUUCGGGCAGGGGCAGAGUCCAUUUGGACAAGGACAGUCUCCAUUCGGGCAGAGUCCAUUUGGGCAAGGACAGUCUCCAUUCGGGCAGACUCCAUUCGGACAAGGACAGACUCCAUUCGGACAAGGACAGACUCCAUUUGGGCAAGGACAGACUCCAUUCGGGCAGGGGCAGACACCAGUCGGGCAAGGGCAGACUCCAUUAGGCUCACCAGAUUCGAGACAGCAAUCGCCUUUUGGGCAAGAUCCUCAAGGUCAAGUCACCGGUCCACAAAGUAAUCCUGCAAAUGUGUCUCCACCUCCAUAUGGUCAGCCAGGGCUGCAAUACCCACCGAACUAUCAACAAGCACCUCCUGGUUACCCAUAUCCAGUGCAGGGACAGCCCGGAUACCCAGGGGGACCAGGAUACCCAGCCCAGGGUUACCCUGGGUAUCCUGGACAUGGGUCGGGAUAUCCAGCAUCACCACCAACGCCUGGAAUCGCAGAUAUGGCAUGCUGUGCUUCAUGCAUGGCUUGUCUCAGCUGUCUCCUAUGUUCGUGCUGUCAGGGUCUGAUGGGGGGUGGAGUUGGUCACGAUGGUGAUCAUUAUAACGAUGAAAAUCAAGGAGAGGAACACGCCGAUGUGGAGCCACCACAUACAGGUCAUGAUGAUGAGAGAUGAAACAGGGAAAUUCAAGAAUAAAAUCACUG